CAAUAUAAAUAGUACCACAAGGAUGCAAAAAUGUUCAUAAGCAACAUUGCAAAAGUGUUCGUAGAAAAGAAAAUAAUGAUGAAGUCUGUUUCUAUCUUAGCCAUCUUGGUUCUCUUCUUAGUGUUCUUUGAAAUGCCAACGAUUAAGGCCAACGUCAAUGGAGCCUGCCUCAGGGAAUACAACCCCACCGUAUUUGAGAUGCCAGAUAUAGCUCUUUGUAUGAUUCCGUCUAUGCCGUCUAUGUGCGUUAAAAAAUGCCGAGAAACUAGGGAAGGUGCUAAAGGUGGAAAAUGCGAAUUUGGAGAGUUCCCAGACGAUGUUAAAUGUUUCUGCAACUACUGCUUUGCAGAUCCUACACCACUGCUCAUUACCAAACCAACCGAUGCUUGAAGCAACGUCCCGCAGAGUCCAAUAAUUGAAGCUUUUGAUUGUUAUCUUGUGUGUGUGUAUUCAAAUUCUAAGUCACCAAGUAAUGAUCAAAUAUAUAUAUAUAUAUAUAUAGUAAAUAACGUGUGACUUAGAAUCUCCUCUGUUUGUACCUGUGAUUCUAUGAAUAAAUUAAAAUGUUAUGUGUA